AUGAUUCAGAACAAGGGUCUCAUUUUCAAGAAGGUGCCUGAGGGCUGGCCAAAGCCUGGCGAGGAUAUUGCUGUUGAAGACCGCCCAAUCGACCUCAACCAGGACCUGCCCGAGGGCUCUAUCAUUGUCAAGAACUUCUAUGCCUCGUUCGACCCUUACCAGCGUGGACGCAUGCGUCCUGCCGGAACAAAGUCAUACUCUCCUCCCUUUGAGCUGGGCAAGCCCAUGACCAACCGCUCCAUCUUCAAGGUCGUCAAGUCCAACAACCAAAAGUUCAGCGAGGGCGAAACUCUGAUUACCAUGGGCGUCACCCCCAUUGAGGAGUACUCCGUUCUCGACAAGGCCGCCGUUGACAUCUGCAAGAAGCUCGAGAACCCCUACAACCUGGACCCCAAGUUCUUCCUCGGUCCCCUGGGUAUGCCCGGUCUAACCGCCUGGUCCUCCUUCUACGAGAUCGGCCAGCCCAAGAAGGGCGAAACCAUCUUCAUCUCCGCCGCCUCCGGCGCCGUCGGCCAGCUCGUCGGCCAACUCGCCAAGCACGAGGGCCUAACCGUCAUCGGCAGCGUCGGCGACGACAAGAAGCUCGACUUCAUCAAGAACGACCUGAAGUUCGACGACGGCUUCAACUACAAGAAGGAAAAGCCCGCCGACGCCCUCGCCCGCCUCGCCCCCAACGGCAUCGACAUUUACUACGAAAACGUCGGCGGCGAGCAACUCGAGGCCGCCAUCAACGCCAUGAACACCUUCGGCCGCAUCAUCGCCUGCGGCAUGAUCUCCCAGUACAACGCCAAGCCAGACGAACUCUACCCCAUCCGCAACCUCAUGAACAUCGUCACCAAGCGCAUCACCAUGCGCGGCUUCAUCGUCGGCGACGCAAACAUGGGCCCCAAGCACGCCAAGGAGCACCAGGAGAAGCUGCAGAAGUGGCUCGCGGACGGUACCUUUAAGGCGCAAAUCAGCGUUACCGAGGGUAUUGACAAUGCGAUUGAGGGAUUCCUGGGUAUGCUCGAGGGAAAGAACUUUGGCAAGGCGGUUCUGCAGAUUGCGGAUUUGACCAACGAGUCGAAGAUCUAG